CAAAACAAACCCUCCAAAUAAAAAUAUACUUUCACUCCAUCUCACUUGUCAUAUCUGAUACAUAUAAUGUCUCUCUCUUUCCUUCUCAACCGCCAUUGCUACCUUUGGUUAGCUGGGGAUGGGAAGCUUCAAAUUCCUCAGCUUUUUAACUUCUAAAACCCACCCGAGGCUUCCGUACCAAAACCCCAUUCGCCAAAAUCUAGUAGACAAACCCGAAAGCCAGAAUGCUCCCAACAGGGUGUUUAGAUUCUUGCGCAGGCUUAUGUCCGGAGGAAUUAUUGAUGGGGGGUCGAGGACAGAGGCAGAGGAGAAGGUUUACUCUUGGUUAUACGCCUUGGCGCAAUCCGAUAAGGAUCUGGUUUAUGAGUAUGUUCGAUCCACCGAAAGAGGGUUGAGCUUUACUGAAGCUGAAAGGAGAUUGAAGGAAAAUGGUCCGAAUGUUCCUGUUGAUUUCUCCUUCCCUCGCUGGUGGAAUUUUUUAUGGCAUGCUUUCUUUCAUCCUUUUAAUAUCAUAUUGAUCAUCCUGUCUGUAAUCUCGUACAUAACCAGUGACAGCCCAAAUGGAUGCAUCAUGCUUGUUUUGGUUUUGAUAAGUGUUUGCCUCCGGUUUUAUCAGGAAUACGGAAGUUCAAAAGCAGCCAUGGAACUUUCAGAAUUUGUAAGGUGCCCAGUCAAAGUUCAAAGAUGUGCAGGUAGAGUUGUUCAGACUGAAUUAGUUGUUCAAAUUGAUCAAAGAGAUAUUGUUCCUGGUGAUAUUAUCAUAUUUGAACCUGGAGACAUUUUUCCUGGAGAUGUGAGACUAUUGUCCUCAAAACACCUUGUUGUAAGUCAGGCCUCGUUAACCGGAGAGUCCUGGACAACUGAGAAAACAGCUGAUAUCAGAGAAGAUCAAAGCACACCAUUGCUAGAUUUAAGGAAUAUUUGCUUCAUGGGAACAAAUGUGGUAUCAGGCAGUGGAUCUGGUCUAGUGGUUUCCACUGGAUCUAAGACAUACAUGAGCACCAUGUUUUCAAACAUAGGGAAAAAGAAACCACCAAAUGACUUUGAGGACGGUAUUCGUCGCAUAUCUUAUGUGCUGGUUGCUGUUAUGCUAGUGGUAGUCACCAUCAUAGUUAUAACUGACUACUCUACAUCUCAAGAUCUGACUGAGAGCAUCCUCUUCGGAGUGUCGGUUGCAAGUGCACUUACUCCUCAAAUGCUUCCCCUGAUUGUUAACACAAGUCUUGCAAAAGGAGCACUUGCUAUGGCCAGAGAUAGAUGCAUAGUCAAAAGCUUAUCUGCAAUACGAGACAUGGGUUCUAUGGAUAUCUUAUGCAUUGACAAGACUGGUACACUCACCAUGAAUCGUGCGAUAAUGGUAAAUUAUCUUGACAGCUGGGGGUUAAACAAAGAAAAAGUUUUACAGUUCGCUUUCCUCAACUCAUAUUUCAAGACCGAUCAGAAAUAUCCUUUGGAUGAUGCAAUUUUGGCACAUGUAUAUACCAAUGGAUUCAGGUUCCAACCAUCAAAAUGGAAGAAACUAGAUGAGAUUCCUUUUGAUUUCAUAAGAAGAAGGGUAUCUAUUAUCAUGGAAAGAGAAGAAGAAAAACAAGAAGACAAAGACCCUCACGGUUUUGAGAGAGUCAUGGUGACAAAAGGAGCUCUGGAAGAAGUAAUGAAAGUUUGUUCUUUUAUGGAGGAUGUUGAUAGUGGCACAAUUUCACCUUUCUCUCCAGAAGAGUAUCAAAGGAUUAUAAAUAUGACUGAGGAAAUAAGCAAUGAGGGACUAAGAGUUAUAGGAGUAGCAACAAAGAAGCUCGAAAAGAUAAGGUAUGAGCGCAAAGAUAAUGAUGAUACUUCUGAAUCAGACAUGGUUUUCCUCGGCCUCAUAUCAUUCUUUGACCCACCUAAGGACUCAGCAAAGCAAGCUCUGUGGCGGUUGGCUGAGAAGGGAGUGAAAGCAAAAGUAUUAACAGGUGAUUCACUGUCUCUAUCUAUAAGAGUUUGCAAGGAAGUAGGUAUCAGGACAACUCAUGUAGUUACAGGGCCAGAGCUUGAGCUACUCGAUCACGAUGCAUUUCAUGAGACUGUUAAAACAGCAACAGUCUUAGCUCGUCUCACCCCAACACAGAAACUCCGAGUUGUGCAGUCCUUGCAAACAGUUGGUAACCACAUUGUUGGAUUCUUGGGAGAUGGAGUAAAUGACUCGCUUGCAUUGGAUGCAGCGCAUGUUGGUAUAUCCGUUGAUUCAGGAGCAUCAGUUGCAAAAGACUUUGCUGACAUUAUCUUACUGGAGAAGGACCUGAACGUACUCAUUGCCGGAGUUGAACAUGGCCGACUGACUUUCGGGAACACAAUGAAGUACAUAAAAAUGUCGGUUAUUGCCAAUCUGGGAAGCGUUCUUUCAAUCCUCAUAGCAACUCUAGUGCUCAAGUACGAGCCAUUGACUGCAAGGCAGCUUCUUACACAGAACUUCUUGUACAGUGUGGGCCAGAUCGCAAUACCAUGGGACAAAAUGGAAGAAGAUUAUGUAAAAGUCCCACAAAGAUGGUCAAAGCAAGGUUUGCCAAUGUUCAUUCUAUGGAAUGGACCUGUCUGCACUCUUUUUGAUGUUACUACACUUCUGUUCCUUUGGUUCUAUUAUAAGGCUGAUAGUUUGGAGGAUCUUAUUUUCUUCCACACUGCUUGGUUCAUAGAAGGGCUUCUCAUGCAGACCCUAAUCAUCCACUUGAUCCGUACGGAGAAAAUUCCCUUCAUUCAGGAAUUUGCUUCAUGGCCUGUGCUUUGUUCUACAGUUCUGAUUUCUGCAAUUGGAAUUGCAAUUCCAUUCACUCCGAUUGGGGAAGUGAUGGGAUUUAUCAAGCUUCCACUGUCAUACUUCGGUUUUUUGGUAGUGCUGUUUAUAGGAUAUUUUGUUGUUGGCCAGUUGAUCAAGAGACUUUACAUUUUGGUUCAUAAAAGCUGGCUGUAGCUAAUAGAAUGAAUUUCAGAUGGGGUUCAUGUUAGAGACU